AUGAAGUGCAGUGGAAAUCAGCCUCCCUACAUUCCACAAGAGUGGUACCAGCCAGGGGAUCUCUUCAUCGGUGGGGUGACAUCUCAUCUCCAUUACCCUCCCCCCAAAGUGUCAUUCCUCAGACAUCCUUCUAAGGAGAAGAUAAAAUUUCUCAUGGUGUCGACAAAGUUCUACCAGCAUGUCCUGGCUUUGGUGUUUGCCAUAGAUGAGAUCAAUGACAAUCCCAAGAUCCUGCCCAAUGUCACUCUUGGGUUCCACAUCUAUGACAGCUACACUGAUUCAAAGAGGACCUAUCGUGCCACUUUAGACUUUCUCUUUAACUCCCAUCAGUUUCUCCCCAACUACAAAUGUGACAUCCAGAAAAAUCUAAUAGGAGUCAUCGGGGGACUUAGUUCUGAUGCCUCCUCGCGAAUCGCAGACAUCUUAGGUCUUUACAAGGUUCCACAGGUUUCAUAUGGCUCAUUUAAGUCUGCAGUGAAAGAACAAACCAAUUCCCCUUCCUUUUACCGCAUUGUCCCUAAUGUAGACCUGCAAUACCAAGGACUUGUCCAGUUAUUUCAGCAUUUCAGAUGGAACUGGGUUGUACUCAUGGCUACGAAGGAUGAGGGAGGAGAUCAUUUCUUGCAGGUCAUGGAGUCUCUGCUUUUGCAGAACAGAAUCUGUUCAACAUUCACAGAAAGAUUUGAAAAAAAUGUUUAUCUCCAUGAUAUGCAUAAAAUCAUCUUUGAAAAAUUGGGACUUUUGCAAACUCUCAUGGAGAGCAAAGCCAAUGCGGUUGUUAUACAUGGAGAAUCUUCAGCCAUAACAUGGUUGGAAUUUUUAAUAUAUGGAAGCAGGAUGCUUCCGCUAAUUUUUCCUCAGAAUAAGGAGAGGUUCUCUGCAGCAAAAGUAUGGAUAACGACAGCCCAAAUUGAUUUCAUAAUGAAUACCUUAGUAAUACUUGGUGGAUUUGAUAUACAAUUCCUCCAUGGUGCCAUCUCCUUUACAAUUCCAUCAAUGGAGCUUCAAGGCUUCCAAGAAUUUCUUCAGCUUGUAAAUCCUUUCUGGGAAAAAGAAGACGGUUUUGUUCAUGAUUUCUGGGAACAAGCAUUUUGUUGUUCAUUUUCACCCUCAAUUGUGAGUCUCAUAGGUGGAACAUGUACCGGAGAGGAGAUGCUGGAGAGUCUUCCUGGAGGUGUUUUUGAUAUGAACAUGAGCGGCCACAGCUACAGUAUCUACAAUGCUGUCUACACUGUGGCACAAGCCUUACACACCUUCUACAUGGCUAGAGUCAACCACAGAACAAUGGAGAGUGGAGAAAGAUUGUUUCCUGAGAAUGUAGAACCCUGGCAGCUCCACUCAUUGAUUCAGACAAUCUCAUUCAACAACACUGCUGGAGAUGAAAUUACAUUUAAUGAACGUGGAGAACUUGAAGGGGGAUUUGAUAUUACAAACUUUGUCACCUUCCCAAAUAAGUCCUGUGUCAGGGUCAAAGUGGGAAGGCUGGAUCCUCAUGCUCCUCCAGGCAAAGGAGUCACCAUUAAUGAGGAUAGAAUCAAAUGGCACCGAGACCUGACUCAGGUGCCACCUCUUUCACAGUGUACUGACAACUGCCAUCCAGGGUACAGCAAGAAAAAGAUAGAGGGGGAGAAAUUUUGCUGCUAUGAUUGUGCUCCAUGUCCAGAUGGGAUGUUCUCAAACAAGAAUGAUACAGAAAUUUGUGUCAAUUGUCCAAAUGGUUACUAUCCAAACAAAUUCAAGAAUGAAUGCAUUCCUAAAAUUCCAAAUUUCCUAGAUUUCAAAGACACUUUGGCCAGCAUUUCCAUGUUUUCUGUACUUUUCUUGUCUCUCAUCACAGCUCUGGUGCUUGGCAUCUUCAUUAGGCACCGGGACACUGCCAUAGUCAAAGCAAAUAACCUAAGUCUCACCUACGUCCUCCUCCUCUCCCUCCUCUUGUGUUUCAACUCUUCCUUGCUCUUCAUCGGAAAGCCUAAGAAGGGGACCUGCCUUCUUCGACAAACUGCUUUUGGCAUCAUCUUCUCUGUGUCCCUUUCUACCAUCUUGGCAAAAACGAUCUCGGUGGUUCUUGCAUUCAUGGCUACCAAACCAGGAUCCCAGAUAAGGAAAUGGGUGGGGAAAAGACUAGCAUAUUCGAUUAUCCUCUCGUGUUCCAGUAUUCAAGCAGGCAUCUGUACUCUGUGGCUGGCAACUUCUCCCCCAUUCCCAGAUAUAGACAUGACUUCAGUGACUGAAGAAAAUGUCCUGCUGUGUAAUGAAGGGUCAGUCGUCAUGUUCUACUUUGUUUUGGGUUACAUGGGUCUCCUAGCUAUUGUCAGCUUCACUGUGGCCUUCCUGGCCAGGAAGUUGCCUGACAGUUUUAAUGAAGCCAAGUUCAUCACCUUCAGCAUGUUAGUCUUUUGCAGUGUGUGGGUGUCCUUUGUUCCAACCUACCUCAGCACAAGGGGAAAGUACAUGGUGACUGUGGAGAUCUUCUCCAUCUUGGCUUCUAGUGCUGGGUUACUCAGCUGCAUCUUUUUCCCCAAAUGCUACAUUAUUGUCAUGAGACCUGAGUUGAACACCAGAGAGCUCCUAAUACGAAGAAAGAAAAAUCUAAUAGCAGUCAUCGGGGGACUUAGCUCGGAUAUCUCCUCAUGGAUCUCAGACAUCUUGGGUCUUUACAAGGUUCCACAGGUAGGAUCAGCUCAUGCCUUCCGCCUUUUGCCUGUACAUCCAGAGGAUUUCAAGCUUUUAGGAUUUUCCUUUCAAGGAAAGUUCUUUGUGGACAGGGCUCUCCCUAUGGGAUGUUCUGGGUCCUACUUGACCUUUGAAUGGUUCAGCUUGUUUAUCGAGUGGGCUUGGAGAAUUAGGACCAGGUCUAGCAAUUCUAUACAUUAUUUGGACAAUUUCCUGUUUGCAGGGAGUUCACAGUCCAAUCAAUGUAAGAUCUUCAUGGAAGAAUUCGAGGCCUUAGCAGAGGAACUGGGAGUCCCGUUAGCACAGGAGAAGACAGAGGGCCGCACCACUGCUUUGUCCUUCCUUGGAAUCCACAUUGAUUCUGUCCAGCAAUCCUGUAAUCUCCCAAAGGAGAUAUUAGGGACUUUGAGGGCUUUAGUAGAUGCAGCACACGCUGCCAAGGAAGUGACUCUGCGUCAGUUGCAAGAGUUAGUCGGGCACCUCAAUUUUGCCUGCAGAGUAGUUGCUCCAGGGUGCGCCUUCCUUAGGCGCUUAUGUGAUGCUCUGAAAGGGGCUAAACGGCCCCUUCAUCGCAUUAGGGUUUCUGCUGAUAUGCGGGCAGACCUCGAGGUCUGGUUGACCUUCCUUCAGAGUUAUAACAGAAUAUCUUUCUGGAGAUAA